AUGGCCGUUGUUCUGGGUAAUCGAAGUGGUCAUUUGUAUCACUGUGGUACAUGGAUUGUCAGGCCUAGCAGUAACAUCCACACUACAGUAUACACACGGGGUAGUAAUAAUAAACCCAAUACUUCGUACAACUUAUGUGCUCGUACCUUUUCACUCCGAUCCCGUUUCGCACCGCUGCCACUUCCAUCGGUUCGGUUCAACAAAAGCUUUGUUCUUUAUGAAAUGAGAUCUUCAAAAGUUUCUCAAUUGCAUCGGUUGGGUGCUAUGAGUACCGUACUAGGUGCAAGUGAUUGA